UUUAUUUUAAUUUGAAACAAAAAUGGAUGUAAAUGACGAUAUAAAUGGGACAGCAAAUGAACAAGCUCUUCUAAAUCUAAUGGAGAGAACUGGUUACACAAUGAUUCAGGAAAAUGGUCAAAGAAAGUUCGGUGGACCUCCUCCGAGUUGGAACGGACCUGCACCAGGAAGAGGAUGCGAAAUAUUUAUAGGGAAGAUUCCAAGAGACUGUUUUGAAGAUGAGCUUGUGCCAGCCUUUGAAAAAGUGGGGAAGAUCUACGAAUUGCGUUUGAUGAUGGAUUUUAGUGGUUCAAAUAGAGGGUAUGCAUUUGUGAUGUAUUGCAAUAAAGAUGAUGCACAGAAAGCAGUUCGAAUAAUGAACAAUUAUGAAAUCAGGAAAGGGCGUCUUCUUGGAGUUUGCCCCAGUGUCGAUAAUUGUAGACUGUUUGUUGGUGGAAUUCCUAAAAAUAAACACAAAGAUGAUAUUAUGGCAGAAAUGAAACAAGUAACGGAGGGUGUGACAGAUGUUAUUGUGUAUCCAUCAGCCAUGGACAAAACCAAAAACAGGGGGUUUGCAUUUGUAGAGUAUGAAAGCCACAGAGCUGCAGCAAUGGCAAGACGGAAGCUUAUACCUGGCAGAAUUCAGUUAUGGGGUCAUCAAAUUGCUGUAGACUGGGCAGAACCAGAACAGGAUGUAGAUGAGGAUGUUAUGAAUAAAGUAAAGAUACUGUAUGUGCGCAACCUGAUGAUCUCGACUACAGAAGAAACUUUAAUGAAAGCAUUCACACAAGCAGCAGGACAGGAAGGAGUGAUUGAACGAGUCAAGAAAUGUAAAGACUACGCUUUUAUUCAUUUCCGUGACAGGGACUUGGCUUUGAAAGCCUUGAAUGGGAUGAAUGGUGCCAUGCUUGACAACUCUAGAAUAGAAGUUGUUCUCGCAAAGCCAGUUGACAAGACAGAAUAUCAGAGAUACGCCAGACAGAAAUUGGCAUUUCCAGCACAGCAGCAAGAGAAUGAAGAUCAUCAGAUAAAUGACUUAAAUGAGGCAUUUGGCUAUGGCAUGUCAUUCAAUGAUGGCGGACUUGCAGGCUCCUCCCCUUUCAGUGCAAUGUUAUCCUCUCAACAGCCAAUGUUUCCAAGGGGUGUUGGGCGUACAGCUGUUGGUGUGCGUGGGAUGAUGCGAGGUCGAGGGCGGGCGGCAGCUGGCUCCAGGGGUGGGCGACUGGGCAGUGUUGGGUUUGUCAGGCCUCCCAUGCAGAGAUGCAGGCAUACUGAGCUAUAUGACAUUCUGCCUGGCAUGGAAUUAUCGCCUACUAAUCCUGUAACUCUUAAACAACUUGCAUCAAAAUCUUCAUUGCAGGUGUUAGAAGAGCUGUGCCAGAAGAAUUCGUGGGGAGUCCCAGCCUUUCAUCUUCACUCCACUGUGGGUCAUGAUAUCUCCGGUGAAGUACAGCUCUUCUUGUUCAAGGUGACCAUACCAGGAGUGACAGGUGCUAUGCCCUUCCAGCCAAACAAACUGAGUAGAAGCAUAGAUGAAGCAAAGGAGUAUGCUGCAGAGUUUGUACUGCAACAACUUGGGAUUCCUGUGGAUGGUUCAGGUGCCGCUACUGCUGCUGACCUGUACACGGGGCGUCCUCUGACUGUGCCCAUGUCCAUGCCCAUGCCUAGUGCUAUUGGUGCUCCACCAGCAGAUGCUUAUGCCGGAUCAAUGAUCAAGAUGCCUCCACCUCCGAUGGAGCAGUUCUACCAGCAGGCAAGCUAUGCUGGCCCUCCUCCAGUCUCCAUGCAUGCUCAAUUCUAGGGACCUCAACCUCAGACAGAGCCUUACUCCAAGACUGUUCUAUAUAGGUUUAGGAGAUGUGAGAGAUUGGGAGUUUUUCUCUUCAUUGAAUCUGUGAUAUUGAGUUGUGUACCUCUACCUACUGGCUUUAUGUUACAUACUGCAAUAUUUACAAAUGCAUGUUUUUAUACAAUAUGUUAACUUACUUUUUAGAAAAAGCCACAGAUUUAUAUUAUCUAUUGUGUGUAAAUACUGUUGGUUUUAGGUUGUUAUUAUUAGGACAUUUCAAAGCUCAAUUUCAUCCUUUUGAAAAUAGGGAAUGCAUGUUAUAGACUAUUUUUCAUAAAGAAUUGUGAAGUUGAUUAUCAAGAGUGAAAAACAAUUUGUUUGUAGCAUUUGAAUGAUGGUUGAGUAUUUCAUUUUUGGAAGAUUUUAAACAAACUUCGUAUAUAUGUUUAAUAAGCGUAUGAAAAAAUAUACAAUGGAUGGAAUUGAAAAAGUUGUUCACAAAAAAGUUUCUUCAUUUCUAUUUAGUGAUGUAGACUUAUGUAUGCCCACUCAUUAGUAUUACAAGUAGGAGUAGCAACUCAUUAUAAUUAUGAGUUCAGGAGUAGUUUAUGACAAUGUUUUUUGGUUUGUUUGUUCCUUUUUUGGCUCUUCUAAAUGUAAAUGUGUGGUAAACAUGUGUUAAGCUUUUAAGGAAUCUGACUUACAAAUAAGGAAAUGUUCUGACAGCUUCAUCAACCAUAAAGUUAAAUUUUGAUACUUCCGGAGUGGCAUUGAUAUCAUUUGAAAGGUAUUUGCUUGAUGAUUACUUAUUUGUAAAAUAAAUGACCAAAGGUACUUAAUACAUCAAGUUAUUACAAUUUAUAUAUUUGCUUUUUAUUUCAACUAAAAAUCAGACCAAAGAUGACCUAAUUUGCAAUCUUUGAAGGGUAAAAAAACAUUUUGGUAAUGUUUGCUAAAUUUUCUUUUUCUGCAUCCAGAAUUCAUAUAUUUGUGGGUUGGAUUGCUAAAGUUGUGUUUCAGAAUAUCCUUUUGUCAAUUUCUCUUUGCAUUUUGUUAUAAUAUUUCAUGUUACGUUAUUUUUGUGGGAUUGAAGCUGGGGUGGCGAUGUGUUGAGGUGUGGGGACUAAUCUUGGAAGUUGUGUGUUUUACCUGUACUUGAAAAAAACAUGCUGUUUUAAAGGAUUAAAUGAAAUUUACAAAAAAACCAUGAGUCGAAAAAACCUCCUGCAAUCCAAAUCGUUUGGAUGUUAAUAGACAUAGAUUGUUUGAAAACUUCCGGUUUAAGCUAUAUUUUCAAAGUAAUAUCUUGGCAGAGAAAUAGUCCUAGUUUGCUGCUUACAUGAGCGAUCCAUGACCACAUAACCCUCUGUUUUGUUUGUUUAUGUGUUUUUACUUAAAAUUAUUUAAAUGCACGAGUGUCUUUGUUCCAAGAGUUUCUUGGGAGAUGUAUUCAACAGGUACAUAACAAAUUCAUGUAUCACUUCCCAAUUGACUCUUUGGACAAAGUUUGAUUAUGUCUUGAUUUCAUACAUUUGCUGUGCCAAAUUGGUCAAACUGGCUCUUUCAAAAGUGGUUUAAACCUAAUCACAAAUAAAUGUAAUACAACUAUAAAGUCUUAAUGGGUGAUUUAACAGUAAUGUCAAUGUUUGGGUUAAUAAAAAAAAAAAUUAGAUUCUUUUUUUAAUUAAAAUUAAAAUUCAAGAAAUUUACCUGUAACUUUUAAUUGGAGCCAGUUUUUACUAUAAAUGCCCUAUAUGGGAAUGCAAUAAUACAUUGACCAAGUCAUGUGAAUUAUGUUUUUUUGUAAGAUGUUAAGCAAGUAGACUUAAUUUGAGUGACUUGUUGGCAAGAAAUUUUGCCAAAUUUUCAGCCUAUAUGACAACUAUGAAACUUGCAAAAUGAAUUAUCUGUGAUGCAGGACUUCAUUAAACCAAGAGAUCAUAGAAUAGCAUAAAGAAAGUAUUAUCCAGGAGAUGCUGCUGUAUGAGAUUAUUUUCUUUUUAAAGUUGUUUUCAAAUCUAUGCAUGUUUUACAACAUAAUGAGAUUCGUUGUUGUUGUGUUUUUUUCAAAGCUUUUUGAUUUAAUAACAAAAUGAUUGCUAGAAGUAGUAAUAUAGACAAUAAAUGAUGAUAAAAAAUUAUUUCACCAGUAGGCACCGAAUAAUAUUUUCAAAAGUGACUGUGAACGAGUGAAUAUUUUUCUUUCGGUAUUCACAAAGUGAAAUCUAAUUACAAAUUUCCCCAGAAAAAACAUUUCACUUUGAUAUCCAUAAGGAAUGAUAUUUUAUUGGAAAUAUUACCAAAUUUUUGCUAAAUGAAGUGUUGAAAUUUCUGCCAAGCACUGUGUGAUUUAAGGUUUGUUUCUUACAGUUAAAUGGUCUAAAAUAUCAGAAACCAGGGAUGUGAUUUAUAUAAAAAUAUAUAUAUAUAUUUUAUUUUUUUCAAGUAAAAAAAAUAUUUGAUUGCUUUCAGUUGUUUAAGUUAAUAUUCCAGUUUGCUUCAAAUUUAAAGUCAGGAGAGCCCUCAAAAGAGCUUCUAAAAAGCCAUUUUUUCUUCUACAGCAUUGCGCUUUUGACCCAAAGAGCGCCCCAUAAACCCAUGGCUGAAAAUGUUUCAGCCCUCCGGCUGCCAGGUCAAUCACAUCCCUGGAAACAGGGAAAUUGUAUUUUGUUAACCUUGCAUGUUGCCUUAAAUGUUCACAACACUGGCAAAGCAUGAAAUUUAGGGCGAUGGUGAGAUUUUGGGUUUAUAAUGAUGUUGAUUUUGAAGUGAUAAAAAGAUGCAAUUGAUGUAAGAAAUUUUGAACAUGUAUGAGAAUAACAUGAUUGUGUUUGAUAAAACUAUUUGAAAUUUAAUUAUGGCUUAAAGACAUAUUUUUGUACCUCUUGCACAAGUUGAUUUCUUAUCUUUCGUUUUGAUUUUAUUGUUAGUUUUAUGCACAUUUUUUUCAUUUGAUUAUUUUUUAUGCAUCUUAGGUGAUUGUUCUGAUUGUUUGUAGUGCAAAAAGGAGCUACAUUUGCACAAUUUUAGUACAUUGAUUUAUGCAUGUUUUAAUUUUUAACUUGUCGGCAAAAAGCAUUUGCAUUGUCUUUCCAUUCUUUAAGGUAAAUUAUGGUGCUGGAAAUUUUCAUUUUCAUUUAAACCUGAUAAUUGUUCAAUGUUUUAGUUCAAGAAGAAGACAUCAUUUCAGGACAACAGAGAAAUCUGAUCUGUUCACGCAUUUUUUAAAUAUUAUAUUCAUCUUUUAAGUAUUGGCACGCCUUUCUGUUUUUGCAUUUCAUGUUUAUUUGGUGUUGGUCUGUGUCAGUGAAUGUUUUAUGUGUUGUAUAUCAUUGGUUGCAGGAUGUUUUUUGCCUUUGCUUGCUUGUAAACAUACUUAUAUUUAUUAUGUGGAUAAUCAGCAAUCAGCAAUCAUAUUGUAACAAUCAUUAUUUUUCCAAUGAGACUAAAUUAUAAUAUAAUCAGCUACUAUCAUAAAUCAUUCCAAUUGCUUGUAUAUCUAAGAAAUGGGAACAUAAAUGGAUAUCAAAAAGAUGUAUUUUUGUGGGUUUACAUAUAAAGCAUAUUGAAGAAUGAUUCUAUUAUGCUUUGUUUGUAAAUAUAUUCCCGGGAGAGAGGGGUUGCUUUAUUGACCACGUGAAGUGCAGUAGAAAAAAUGAUAUUUUACUUUUACAAUAUUAUUUGUGUGUGAGUGCAUGAUAUCAUUUUCAAUUUUAAAGAGAAGGUUUAAAUCGUGCAUGCUUAUAAAUAAAAAAAGAUUUGUUUGCACUUGGUGGGGGGGGGGACAUACUUUGUGUGCACAGAGUCCUUGGAAAACCCUUGAAAGUUAAGCUUGAACAAUGAUGUCUUUAAUAUGUUUCGUAAUGUCAGUAAGUACCAGUUUAGGAAGAGAUUUAACUUUUGACUAUCCAUUUAUAUUCCCAUGCAUACGUAUUAGUAUUGUCAAUGAAGAAAUGAGUUAAGGUUUGAUUUGAUCAAGAUUGAAGAUGAUUUGUUUGAUAAAUGGUAAGGAGUUAGUCUGAUCAUGGUCAAAGUGUAAGUGUUUGGUGCAAAUUAGGGAUGAUACUGCUAAUCAGGAAUGUUUUUGUUUUAUAUGUGAAAUGAUUAAGGAUAGUGCUUGACAAAAAUAUUGUGUUAAUUUUUUAACUUUUUUUAAAUUUAAAAUAAUUGUGCUUCUAAAAUGAAGGAAAUAUUUUUUUAUGGCAUGCUUUGUUAAGUUAUAGUUUGGUGUCAGACCCAUGUUUUGGAAUUAGUUAUGAAAGGUGCAAUACAUCUGAAAGACAUUCCUGUUAUCAAGGGACGGACAGAUAUAUUUAUAGUUCAGCAUCUAAAGGGAUUGAUUAGCCUCCAUAAGUAUAAGAUGGUGAUUUAAUGAUUAUUCAAGAAUGUAGAUUUUAAACAUAUUGUUUUCCUGGUAGAAAGGACAGUCUAGUUUUGGUUAAUUAUACAUGUAAUAAGACAGUUAAUAAGUAAUUGAUGGGUUGAAAAGGUCAGUAAUCUUCUAGCUGUUAAAAGAAUCGUAUUAUCAACAAAAAUACUUAAAUAAAUAACCAUUGUAAAACAAAAUAGAAAACUCGUUAUUCAGUCACUCAAAAUGAAAUUCAAUGAAAUCAAUUGGCCUUAAUUUCUCACUUACAGGGCCAAGCUCUGCACACUAUUUUUGUUUGGGUAUAAAUUGUGUAAUAUUCUUGUUCUAAAGAGUUUUUGGUCUUUUAAAACCUAUUAUUUUUCAGAUAAUUACAAUGAACUGUUUUUUGUUUCCUUAAAUCAAGUGUUCGUAGGUAUUUUGACAAUAUGUAAUCAUACACUUGAGCAUGUUAAGCUUAAGAUUUUUUGAGAAAUUGGGGCCUGAUUUGAAAACAAACUGUUGAUUGGUUGAAAAAAGAAACAUGUGAGAAGGAUGCUGAUCAUCAUCAUUCUGACAAUAGAUUUACUAAAAUUGAGGAGGAAAAUAAAUCCCUUGAAAUGCAGGAAUUGGUUGUUAGCAAUGGAACCUGAAAAUUUGUGCUUUAUCUUCUUCAAAUCCAAUGCAGUAUGGUGCUAGUCUGUUAUGCAAUUUACAUUCAGCUUGGAAAUUUACAUAUUUUUGCAUGAAGAAAAACAUUGUUAGUUUACUCAUAUCUCAUUUUCACAUUAUAUUUAUUAUUAUACCACAGUGACUUGUCUCAGUAUUAUAUCCAUAAUGUUACAGGUUUCUAUCUAUUUACUCAUACCUGGUGAUAUACCGUUGUAGAAGCUAGUUCAUGUGCACUGAUUGGUUAUAAAACUUGCUCAAGUAGCAUUUAUGUACAAGAUAAACUACCUAUAUUGGUAAUUUAUAAGAAUCGUAGCACAUUUCAGUUUACACUUUAUUGUUGAUGCACAUGAACUAGUUUGUCUUUUUAGAAAACAUUUGACACUUGUGUCAAUUUGUUGUUUCAACAUUUAUU